AUGGCGACAAUACAAAACACAACGCCGCAUUCGCAGCCGGUCGAAAAGACAAUGUAUGAGCAAUCAUCGCAAUCUCAAAACUUCACAGCUCCUGCCGUCAAUCGUACGGUUCUCAGCGAUGAGGGUCUGCCAGAAGUUGUCAUUUCUAACCAAACCACAAGAACAAGCGAAUACUACGACGCUCCGAUACCCGUGGAUUCAGAAACAGACAAACGAUUUGAAGAAGCUCCUAUUCCGGUUUACUCGGACGACCACUCUCCACCUCCACUACCUGCUCGUCAUUCCACCGGCACUCCUCAGUACUACAACCAGGGCGGUUACUCUCCCCAACCGCAGCAACAUUUCCAACAAGGCCACGGCGGUUACCCACCUCAGCAGCAUCAAGGUCAACAACAGCAAGGCUAUGGCGGUCACUCACCGCAAUUACCACCGUACAACGGAAACGAAGUCAUGACUUACGUAACACCGCUGCAUGAGCUAAAAGACCUUCCAAAGUUUGUGGACUGCCCGUUCUGCAGACGUCGUGCCGAGACACGCGUGAAGAAGAAGUCUUCCAAGAUGACACAUGUAUCGGCAACGGUCCUCGGGUUCACAACAAUUGCAGGUGCUGCUGUUCCCUACGCUGGAAAUUGGGCGUGCCAUUUGGCACACUACUGUACCAAUUGCGGCCACAAAGUUGCCCUUCGGAAAUGGGGAUCGAGAGAAAUGAAGGCUUUGGGAACACCUGAUCAUUUGAGAGAGGUGUCAAGAUAUCCUUCAGCGGACUCAUCGAACACGUCUGGUAAUCUCCCCUACGAGGUCAAGCCCUUCGAGGUCGAAGAAAUCCUGGCCAAAGAAGGAUUCAGCAGUCUGGACAAAAUUCACAUCUCCAUCGAUCCCGUCAGCGCUCGAAACCCAGGAUAUUGCUUCGUUGACUUCAAAGACCGCGAAACAGCAGAGAGGGCCCUCUCAUCUCUUAGCGCUGUUGUAUAUGGAAGAACCCUCAAGGUUGGACCAUGCGAGCCCAAGAAGCCUCGUCGUGGCUUCCGCGAUGAGGGGUCGACUUCUCGACGAUGGGGCGACUGGAACGUCAGGCCGAGCGAAGGCGGUGUUCCAAUCGGCAAAGUCAACGGCACAGGAGAGGAAAAGGGACCUUACUGGGCGAUCGACCACUUUGAGGAUGUGGUGAGAAAUUCUGGUGGACGGAGGUUGUAUGUUGGUGGUUUGGGUAAAAUGGUUGAUCAAGCCCAACACCAAGAGGAAUUAAGUCAGAUUUUCUCUGGCUUCAAACCUACUGCGAUCGGAAAGCGAAUUACGCCUCACGAGAGCAAACGAACAACGCCAGGAAACCACCACUACUGCUUCGUCGACUUUGAAACUAAGGAAGAAGCCAGCUCAGCAGUUGAGGCGCUGAACGGCAAGGAUAUUCCAGGAGGUCAACUCAAGGUAUCCGUGUCAGAGAGAGUACCGCAAAAGCUCGUGGGCCGACAACUAGAUGCCCGAGAGGGUCGUCGUAUGGCUGAUCGUAUGAAUAAUACCCACCCGAACAGGCCUGACUCGAACAAUGCUACAGUAUCAAACAAUUGGCGCAGAAAUUAUUAG